AAGUUAAUAAAACGUAGUGUAUGAUCUUAAAAUAAAAAAUUAAUACAGAGUUUAAAUAAAAACUUAGCGUUGCACCAAAUAUCAACAUCACAAGUAAUAGGUUCGGUGAUCGGUCAGUUUCUAUAUAAUCAUCCUUUUAUAUCAAGAUUUUGUGUACCGACAAGCAGGUCAUCGCGUUGAUGCUGUUCGGAAAUCAAUAUGGCGUCGGACAUCGUGGUACACUGAUGUUAAUAGCCGGCCGCUGGUCCAUUUUAACGUGGAUUAUCUUCGAGUGUUUCAUACGUUGACAACUAUACUUGCCGCUGCUCUGAGGAUGCGUGACAAUGCGCGAAGAGGCAAGUUCAGAACAAAGGACAAAGCUCAGUCAUAAGGAGUGGCGUUGCAUCGCGAAAAAUGAACGUCGCAGGCGUAAACGGCGGUUAAUGGCACAAGAACGUGACGCCAAUAAGGAACGUUUGAGGGCAGCACUGAAGAGCAAUAUGGAGUAUAUGAAAUUUUGCGCGGAAGAAGAGAAGGAAGCGCAAGCAAGAGAAGCAUGUGAACGAGAGGAACAUGCGGAACGAGAGAGACUCUGGCUGAACGAAGAAAUAAGAGCGCAGAAAACAUGGCAAGAACUUCAGAAACAAAUUGCGAAGGAGGAACAAGAGAAACGUGAGCAGGAGAUGAAGAUUCGGGAAGAAUUAGAGGCAAAGCGUGCGGCAUUAUUAAAGAAAAAAGAGGAGGAAAAGAAAAAACGCGAAGAGCAGCUUCGUAAACAAGAGCAGCUGCAGAAGGAUAUCGACGAUUACAUCGACAACGGAGUGAAAACUCCCGACGUUCUACGCGAAGUCUUCGACAAUCAGCCUACCAAAGAUCUCUGCCCAUUUUUUACGAAAACAGGUGCUUGCCGGUAUGGAAACGCGUGCUCCAAGAAUCAUCGUAAAAUCUUUUUAAGCAAAGUAAUCAUGAUACCCGGAUUCUAUUCACACUUCUCCCUUGAGAAGAACUCGGCAGA